CCAAAAUAACGUUUGCUACGCUAGUUAGAAACAGACACCUAGCUGCCUGCCAUCCAGCACCUUUCACCGAAUUUUCCAGAGUAUAUCUCACCAUGCACGGUCAAAACCACAGCAAAGCAACGCAAGGUGUGUGUCUGGUGGCUCUGAUUCUUAUGCAUCAGGUGUGUGCUAGUCCAAUAGGAAGCCAUGAUUCAAGGCUGAGUCUGCAGCAGGGCACCAAGCUACUGGAACGGAGAACCCGCAUGACCCCUCUGUGGAGGUUCAUGGGUACCAAGCCCACUGGGGCCUACUGCCGAGACCAUUUUGAGUGCUCCACCCAAAUCUGCAGAAGGGGCCACUGUGCCCUCAAUGGGGCAGUUCAUUCCUAGAAGUGGAGGAGCCAGAGGUUUCUUCUCACCAAUCAGAGAACAUUGACUAAUGUUUUAAUGGAGUUGAUUUACGUAACAAGCAUGUCAAGAAUCUUCCCAGACAUGGUGAAACWUAUCAGAUUGCAAACAGUUUUUUUUAAUGUAGGCCAGAGAUGAAACAUUUUGAAAUUAGAGGAAUGGUUUUAUCAACUUGGUGUAUAUUGAUCUCACAUGUACUUGAAAGCACUUUAACUUACCAUUUAUAAGUAUGUACUGUAUAAUACUACAACUCAAGAGCGUUGAAACUAUUUUUAUUUUAUUUUGUAUUUUAUCCCCAUUAGCUGUUGCGAAAGCAGCAGCUACUCUUCUUGGGGUCCACACAAUGAUCACCAUUAAACAUUGCCGUAAAUGUCCUACAUGAAGACUGACAUCCUAUACAACMGUGUUCAGUUGAAAUGUUUAGUAUGCACUGUUAACUGAUAAGUGUGUACUAAAGUGAAUAUGAACCAUU